AUGAAUUCAAAGCCGACUCUUUCAUUGAUGGAAAAACUUUGGGCUGUCCUGGGAAUUUUGAAAUCAAUGGUCCUUGAAAAUGACACCAAGGGCCACUGGAUUGGUGACAGCUCUGCAGAGCAUGUAUUGUUCUACUGUCAUGGAGGCUCGUACGCCGUGUAUGCUUCCGAUGCACACAUCCGGGGCCUUUGGCAAAUUGUGCGGGAGCUUCAGUUUGCCGGCAAAAGUCUGGCUGUGCUGCUUCUGUCUUAUGAUGUAAGUAGCACGGCAGGCUAUCCAAGACAACUCCAGCAAGCGUCUAGUCUUCUUUCUUAUCUCAUCAAGACCAUAGACAAAGAUCCCUCCAAAGUCAUCCUCGCUGGUGAUUCCGCCGGCGGCCACCUGAUAUUGGCUUUAGUAUCCCAUAUCCUCCACCUUCACCCCGAGGUUCCCCCGAUGGACCUACCCCCAAAAUCUGCCUUUCUGGGCGUGAUCCUCCUAUCACCCUGGGUAACAUUUGACACCGAAUCUGCCGAUUCUAUGAGACGCAACCGAGUCAAAGACUUCCUACACAUCCCAAGUCUCGAGAACUGGUCUGUCGUAUUCCGUGGAGCCGCACCGCAAGACAACUACCUCGUUCCAAUGGAUGCUCCACUCAAAUGGUGGCAGGGUUUGCCCGCGCUAAAAGUUCUGAUUAUCUCCGGCACAGACGAGAUCUUCGUUGAUGAUAUUGAUGUAUUUGCAAAGAACCUUGCCAAUGUUCAUCCCACCGUAUCCCAUUUCUCAGCGUCCGGGGAAGCCCACAUCCAGGUCUUCGCUGAGUUUAUGCUUCGAGAGUCUGUAUCAAGGCAACGUGCUGUGCUUCAGCAAUGGCUCGGCGAAAGGAUUUAG